AUGGAUGUACCAGAGGGGAAUGGAAACCCUUUGGGCAAUGGACUCGGUCGAGCUAGGCAAACUCGACCGAUUGGUCAAGGAGAUGCUCCAAACCGCCACCAACAGAGACAAGGGAUUGUUCCACCACCAGUGCAGAACCACAACUUUGAGAUCAAGCUGGGAAUGAUCAACCUUGUCCAGAACAAGAUGUUCCAUGGAUUGCCAAGUGAAGACCCCAUUGACCACCUUGAUGAGUUUGAUAGGCUUUGUGAUUUGACAAAGAUCAAUGGUGUCUCUGAAGAUGCCAUCAAGCUGAGACUCUUUCCUAUGUCUCUAGCUGACAAAGCUCACCAAUGGGAGAAGAGCUUGCCCCAUGGCACAAUCACCACUUGGGAUGAAUGCAAGAAGGCCUUUCUUGCUAAGUUUUUCUCCACCGGUCGCACAGCCAAGCUUAGAGGAGAGAUAUCCAGCUUCAUCCAGCGAAACAAUGAGACAUUCGCAGAGGCUUGGGAGAGGUAUAGGGAGAUGCUAGACACAGCUAGCAAUGGGAACUUCCUCAACCAGGAUGUAGAUGAUGGCUGGCAACUUGUGGAGAACAUAGCUAACUCAAAUGGAAGCUAUGGAGAAGAGUAUGAUCGCACCAACCGGAGCUCGACCCACCACUCGAUCGAGUCAGACGAAAAGUUGAGAAAAGAUGUUAAGGCAUUGAAUGAGAAGUUGGAUAAGCUGAUCCUAGCUCAGUCCACAAUGAAGAAAGUCAACUUUGUGUCUGCUGAGGAGAUGGAACCAGUCCAAGAAGGGGAGGAUACACAAUUUGCUGAGGUGUGCUACAUGAGCAAUGGGCAAGGAGGUUACAACAAAGGAUACUAUAACUACAAGUCCAACCCUGCCAUGUCAUACCGCAACACUGAUGUUGCUAACCCUCAGGACCAAGUAUAUCCUCAACAACAAGCAGCUCGAUCGAGUCAGGUGCCACAACAUGGGUAUGGUCAAAAGAACAAUUACCAAGGACCACAAGGCACUUUCCCUGGACAACAAAUGAAUAUCCCACCAGGCUUCCCCCACCAACCGCCCCAGCCUGCACCUUCACAAGAGAAUGAGCUCAAAGCAAUGCUAAAGCAACUACUUCAAGGGCAAGCUGAUGGGGUAGUGGACACAAGCAAGAAGCUAGCUGAAAUAAACUCUAAGAUCGAGAACCUCAACACAAGGGUUUACUCUCUGGAGAAUCAUGCUUCUUCUGUUGCUGCUGCUACAAAGCAAGGACAACUACCUGGUAAAGCUAUUCAGAACCCCAAGGAACAGUGCAAGGUCAUCUUCACUCAAGAAGGACUUGUUGAAGAAGAGGAUCAAGAAAGGGUCAUUGAAGAUUUUUGUUUACUGCUGAAUGAUGAAGAGAUUGUUGCUGCUGAGGCUCCUGGAGUCCAGAUUGAUCAACCAGAAGUGCAUGCACCUACUGUGGCCAUUCACACUUCACCAGUUGAGCUCGCACGACAAGCUCGAUCGGCAGCUCGAUCGAGUCCAACUCUAGCUCGAUCGAGUCCGACCUCUUCUGUCCGACAGCCUGUUUUGCUUGAUCCUUAUCAACCGGUUGCCGCUUCCUCGUCUCGCCUACUUAGUCAAGGUCACAAGGAAGUGAUUCACAAGUUCAGAAGAGAUCUCAGUGGGAUUGGAAUUGAGUUGCCUCUAUGGAUAGCAUGA